GUCGUGCAAGCAUUUGUACAUAAAACAUAUUAAUUUAUUUGAAAAAUUUAGGUUCUUGAUUGCACUUAAUGGUUAUCAUGUUACGAGAAUCUGAAUAUGCAUUGUGGGGAUUUCGGAUAUUUAUCAGUUUUCUAGCCGUGCAGAUGGUUUUGAAUUUUCAGAGGACAAUGUCUCAGGGUCUUAAAGACGAAUACUAUUCAGUCAAUAAAUGCGAACCUGAUCAACCUCAACAGUGUCAACAUGUUUGCGGCUGGAAAUUUGGUGACCUGUCACAACCACUCUGCGACCGAAAUGGAACCUGUGUUUGCGAUUGUUCCAAUGAAGGAGAAACUGAAUCAAAUCCAAUUCCAGCUCCUUGCACGACCUGGAUAAACUCCAUGGAUCACGACCAUUGUUCCGAGUACUGCGCCCAAGUGUAUCAACGACCCUCCAAAAUAUGUGGAGAGACUUUGCCAGUUCCACACAUAUUUUGUACCUGCCUCUGCAAAUGAUAUGAAUAUGUACAUACCUACAUAAUAUUAACAAUAUUAUCAAUUUACAUUAUUACGAUGAUGCAAUAGAGUUAAAAGUGUUCUGCUGUAACAAUAAAUGCAAUCUAUUUGUAUUUUAUAACAUU